AUGCCCCCGGCAGUUCCAGGGUCGUUCUUUCCCGAUCUGGUCGACUAUUCCAGUCUGAGCUGGCAGGACUUUUUAGCCAUGACUGCGGGAGGGGAGACUCUCCGAACGCCUCCGGUUCUAGAUACCGACUCCCUCCGCUCGCUCCGUUUCCUGGACAAGUUCACCAGCAACACUGGGUUUGUCGCGAGUUUCGACUGUGGGACUGAGGCACAAAGACAUCAAGUUAUCUCCUCUCUGCAUCUCAGAGCAAUGCCACCGCUUGAUUCUUCGCUCGGAUCAGGCCAGCAGCUCAGUCCCACCGAGAGUCUACCGGCCAGCUGGAGUGACGACCCUUUGUCCCUGAAGACCCAUCAAAUCCUACUCCUCGUGAAGGAAGUGGUCAUGAUCAAGCCGCGCAACAGUGCUGUUACACUGGAUUGGUCUCCUGUGCUCGAGCAAAUGUGUCUCCAGUUUUUCUCUCCCGCAAGUCUGCGAAAGUUUCUUCAGCUGUACUGGUCCAUUUGGCAUCCAAAUGUCAACUUCGUCCAUCGGCCUAGUUUUGAACUUUUGAGUGCAAAACCCUCUGUCCUGGCUACCAUGGCUCUGAUUGGUGCCUGUGUCUCGCCGCUACCGGCAGACAAUGCUAAUGCCAGGAUGUGGUUCAACUGUGUGGAGGAAUUGGUUUUUAUUGACCAAGACUUCAACAGCGACCUGGCAAUCUCCUCUUCUACUGCCAUAGGCCGCCACCGCCACAAGAUACAGUCCCUUCAAGCCGCUUACAUGGUCUGUCUCUAUCAGACUUGGGAGGGCGAUGAUGCAAGUAAGCGAAGGGUGCGUCGCAAUCGGUUCGCAACUCUUGUCUCGACCGCCCGUGAUGUCGGGAUUCCCAUGGCACGGCACACACAGUACUCUCGACAACAGAGACAUGAAUUCGAUUGGGCGGACUUUGCUGUUCGAGAGGAACUCGUCAGACUCCUCACGUGGAUAUUUCUCCUAGAUACAGCCUUCAUCAUCUUCAACAAUCUCCCUCCUCGAAUGGUCAUCAAGGAGAUGAAGAUGAGCACUGCUGUACCGGAGGCUUGCUUUCAGGCGUUUACCGGCGAUGAGUGCUUUGAGAAAUUACAAUUGUUCCUGCCCCCUGAGAGUUCGUACUGGAAGGUCUCGUUGUGCAGCGCUUUUCAGACGCUGUGCAAAAAUAAUCUUGCGAUCACUGCUCGUGAUGGACUGGCCUCUCUCGGACCAUUGAAUCUAUUCGUGUUGGCAUCAGCUAUCCACUCGCUGAUUUUCCAAUACCGGAAUUCGUGGGACAGCUUACAACUUCUACCUCCCAUCCACAACGCCCUGAACAACUGGAAGAGCAUCUGGCAACAGUUCACGGCAAGCCUGGUACCAGGGAUGUCGCCUCAUGUUACUGUCGACCACGACAAUCUACAGCCAGACACCUUGUGGAAACGCGUUGGGUUCUGCAGCUACUGCCCGGAGUACUGGUUACUGGCUAACUUGAUGACGGAUAUGCUCACUGCGCGAAACACCACCGAGGCUUUAGAUGAAGGAAGGCAGAAUGAGUUGGAGCGACUCGAGGAUGGACCCCUGGAUUCGAUACUGAACAAGUAUGAUCAGACCAGCAUGCGGCAAGUCAACGACUUGAUCCUCAGCUUGUCGGACUUUCGCAUUGCAGGUUAA